GCCCGGGGCGAAAAUGCACCAGGCCUGAGGUAUAACGCAACCGGGCUAGAAUAAGGAUAACAGCAGAGGAGUGACCCACUGUCGAGGAGGGAGGAAGUCAGAGAAGAUGGAGAGAAAGCCGUUACUCGGGGGGGAAGACGGGGAUGGACCGAAUCAGUAUCUUCCCUAUCCUAAUCCGGGAACCGGUCAGAGCUUGUACCCGCCGUCGCCGGCCCCUCCAUACCCGGGAAUGGUUACAUAUGACCGGGGUAUUUUGCCCGGCGGCUCACCACCUCCACAGCCAGUGUCAGGUAUGCCCUUUGUUCCUGUGGUGGCAGACGAUCAUGUGUACAUUGCGGACUGGACGCAUGGGCUCUGCGACUGCCACACUGACAUUCCCCUCUCUUUACUGACCUGUUUUUUCCCUUGCUUAACCUUCGGUCACAAUGCAUCGGCGAUCAAUGAUGGUGCUGGGGGUUGUGCAACUCAGUCUGCGAUUUGGUGCCUCCUCGAGUCCUUUACAGCACUUGGCUUCCUUUAUUCCUGUGGCUACCGAACAAAGUUGCGCAACAAGUAUAAUCUUCCGGAAGAGCCGAUGCCGGACAUUCUCGUCCACUGUUGCUGCCUGCCUUGCGCUCUCUGUCAGGAGUACAAAGAAAUAAGGUACCGUGCCACCGUCCGUGAUGGAGGGUGGGGGACAGGGGUUUUGUACGAUGCCCAGACGGCUGCUCCCAAUCAACAAGCCAUGGGAUCAAACCCUUACUGAUUCGCUGCCAAUGCUAUCCUAUCUUCCUGAAGAGCCAAUGCCGGACGUCCUUCGUUGUCUGUCAGUGUUCGCUGGCUGGCUUGCACCCUUCCUCCUCACGAGAAAAAAAGACGAACCGAUCAGAUCCGCGUAAAGAAGAAAUGAUCAUCCUCCGUGUUAAUGCGGAGGUCAGAGGUUUGCUGGGGGGUCUCAAAGGGCGGGUUCACUUUGGUAUUGAAUCGGUUGGUCGUACUCCACUGUCCAUGGGCCUGCGGUGCUACAGUGAGGGAUGUUGCAGCCGGUGCUAGUUGCUGCGUGUUGGUAAAAAGUGAUACCCUGAGUGUUGCCUCCAAAGAAUCGAUUCUCACCAAGCGCAGCUGCUCCUCUUUGCGAAUGAAUUGUGAUGAGAAUGUGGACCAGAUACUCUUCCGCUCUCUGUUGGAGUGAAGGACGCCAUGGCGGUGGGUGGUUGUGCUGAAGCAGAGUGUCUUCUGCGCUGUCUAUGUUUGGACUCGUUGGACUGAAGAGCGCCGUGCUGCUGCGGCUGCUGCUGCUGGUUUUAAACUCAGAUCCUUUACCCAUUUUUGGGAGAUUCCUGUACCCAUUUUUGGGAGGUUUGCUGGAUGUUCUCCAUGUAUUUGCGCUUCUACACCAUGGGCUUUGACAUGUGCAGCAGUGGACUUCUUCAUUCCUUUUGUUCAGCCUGCUGUCAUCACCGUCCUCAAGGGCCUCUUUUUUUCCCCCAAUGGGUUUCCGAUUCACGGUCACUUUUGCCCUCUCCUUGAUUUCCAGGUAGCUCACUUCGCCUCCAAAACGUUGUGUGUGUUUUCAGACGUCGGAAUUCUUACGUAAAUGCCCGGGCAAACGCUGUGCGGGGACUUCAUGCACGGCUAGGUUCAUCCGAUAUAGCUUUGCACAUGUGAAGGUAGCUCAGGGCAUACUCAGCAUGUAGUUUUCGGACUGAAUAAGCAGAGAAGCUGUCGAGUCGCAGUCUAUCCAAUGAUGAUGAGCAGUGAGUUAGAGGUAAUUCUUACUUCGUGGUGGCCAAUGUUUUUAUGCUUGGAAUUUUGUUCAGUCAAGGUUUCAGAUUUUGCAGGUGAAUGCAUCGUGUAGGCUUUUUAGGACUAGAUGCAUGCAGGUGGAGGUUUAGAAGAAGAGGCAGAGAUCCAGGUGUCGUUAGGAUGGGCGGGCAAAUAUGGCUCUGUAGGGCUAGGAGAAAAGUAGGAGAGCACGCACGCACACACGCACGCACACACGCGCACACACACACACACACACACACACACACACACACACACACACGCUCCUGAUGAGUCGGUAAAGUCCGACUAAACAGUCUGGCACAUGUGUAUAGCGAACAUGACAACAUACUGUUUACCGAUCAGAUCUUGUGGAGUAGCUGGGCAGACAGGAGGUGUGACAUUGGAUUGAAUUUGAGUGGCUCCCUGUGGCCUCUGCGUACAGGUUGAAGGAGCAGUGGUGAGCAGAGGAUAGAUGAAACAGUGCAGUGACUUGGCGAAAGUGGGGGAACGAGCCGUCCGCAAUAGGUGUUAAAACUACAAAAGAAGAAGAAGAAGUGGUUUGUGGGAUGUCAUGGUGGUGGGAACUCGCUGCUGUCCCAAGUUGGGCUGCAGAUUAUACAGGCUGUGUCUUUUGGCAGCCAGCAUGUAUGUGGCUGUUAUGUUGACCAGGUUACGGUUACGACCUUGGGGGAGAGAGAUCAUCGUUGGUUGCAAUGAGAGCCUCUAGCUGCCCCACGUGCAAGCUGUCACUGGCGGGUUGGGGAGUGGCAGCUGAUGUCUAUCGUGCUGAUGCAUGUGGUGGCUCUUAAUUAAGUGCACGCUGGUAAUUUGCUACUCUAUGGAUGCCUAUAGGGUGCCACGUGGCAGCCACCUCUUGUUUUGUUGGGGUGGGCCAGGUCGAUGGUUAGGGUGUGUGGGAGUGCUCACCUUGCUCUCUUUCUCUCUUAUUUGGGGGUUGGUCGGUGUGUGUGUGUGUGUGUGUGUGUGUGUGUGUGUGUGUGUGUGUGUGUGUGUGUGUGUGUGUGUGUGUGAGAGAGAGAGAGAGAGAGAGAGAGAGAGAGAGAGAGAGAGAGAAGGUCCAUUCCUUUUGGAAAGCCUUUUGUUUUGGUUAAGUAAGACUGUAGGAGAGAGGAGCAUUCUUAUUCUGGAUGAUUCUCAACGGAUUUGCUGGUGGGUGUGCAUUUCUGUUUUGAUUUUCGAAAGCAACGAGUUUAGAAGGCCGUCAGAGAGAUCUUGGGUAGAGGAGGAAGGAGUUAGCUGAAAGGUACACAAAGGAAGGGGGUGGCACUUUCGCUAAAGCAGCGUAGGGUUUUCUUGGAGGAGAUAGAGACACUGCGGGGCAUCAGAGAGAUCUUGGGUAGAGGAGGAAGGAGUUAGCAGGUACACAAAGGAAGGGGGUGGCACUUUCGCUAAGGCAGCGUAGGGUUUUCUUGGAGGAGAUAGAGACCCUGCUGGACCUAGUUUGGGAGACCUAGUACGAGAGAGAGGUAGUGUGCACACAUGAGCAUGGCAUGGCAUGGCAUGGCAUGACGCGAAUAAUAUGAAGGGCAACUGAAGUGUAGCCCAAAGCAUAAUACAGGGUUUCAUGUAGAAUCGUUGUAGAUGAAUGUUUGACAAGAUGUGGGGUAGGUGCAGGGUUCUACUAGAGCAUAGCCACUUUUCGUUUUGGGUUUUUCGAUUUCGUUUAUGAAGAACCUGCUUCUGGCCGAAGGUGUGUCAGACAAUGUAGUGCUCGUUCCCUAUUCCUUCCUUUUCUCUGUGUCUUUCUUUUGCAUUUCAACAUCAGUACAAAUGGCUGUUUCUUGUGAGUGUGGUGGCUGAGUUUAGGUGACUUUUGGUUUUGGGAACUGGCUGAGUACUCUUCUUUUCGUUAUCAGCAGUUGCGAGUGGUAGAGGGCCCAAAGACCGACCGAUUCUUUCGGCACGCUGUGCAAGAUGUCCGGAUGUGUCAAGGAAUGUGUCACAGAGAGUGUUUGCUUUGGAACGUUGCUGCACCGACUCUGUUUGUGUGCACAUUCCCACUCUGUGACAGAGAGUUUGUGUGCACAUCCCCCCUCUGUGACAGAGCGUUUGUGUGCACAUUCUCCAAACACACACACAGAACUCAACACAAAGCCAUGACUCAAGAGCUGAAAGUGAUUCCCACUACACCAAUUCACGAAAGAGUUGGACGAAUCUUCGCCGCUUUUCCUCGACCGGAGGACUGAUGUCUUGAGAUUAACCUACAAGCCCAACAUUGACGU